GCGAUCUGUGCUUUAGUUAAUGAUGAGUGGAUUCGCAUUGAUGGUAAUAGUAAAGAGAGCGAAAAUGCAGCUGAACUUGAUGACAACAGCUCUGUUCGCAGCGAUAACUACUACAAUUAUUUUUCACCGUUCGUACAAGCAGAUCGCUGCAAGGGAGUUGGUGUUCGACAUUUCUGGCGUACCGCCAAAUUCGGAUCUUUCGUUGAUGUGAAAGGCGUUUAUCAUACAACUUACCACUUUGAUGGAAAAGUGGUACUGGCAGUGUUAGCGUGUAUUAUAACUCUUAUUGUGGGAGCAGUGAUUUAUUCGGUGUAUCCAUUUUCCGGUGUGACAGUAGGUGCAGGAUCAGUGCUCAUUGCAGUGAGUGGUAUUAGCUCAUUUUUCGCUGCAGCAGUAAGCAUACUAAGAAAAUACCGUGUUGCUCGUCAAAGGCGAUUUGAAAAUCAACGUCUGCUAUGCACUCGUUCACUUCGUUCGUGGAGGGAAGUUGGCCAUCGUCCCGAAGAUAUGCAACCAAUCACAGAUUUUGAACGUUAUCUGGAUUCAUGGGCGACAUCAGUUGAUACUUCAUAG